UGGCUAUGGUACGAGUUCGAUUUUCUGAAAAAUUGCUAAAGUCAUCAACUAACGAAGUGCAGAAAUAGGUAGCAAAGCGAAAAUAGGCAGCCGAAUACGCUUCUUUUCUAUCAUUUGAUUUGUUUUUAAAUUUAAAAGAGCGCCAAAGAAAACAUAAUAAUGGGAGAACUGUCUAUUUCUUAUUUCCGAGACUUACUUUCAAAAAAUGUGGAUUGCCUACAAAAUUUUUGUAAGGAGUGGGAAGAAAUAUAUAUAGAUUCAUCAGUACCAGAUGAAGCUAAGGAUGAAAUACGCACAACUAUUGGACUUACUAAUCUACUAAUACGUCAGAAACUAAAGCAAUUCCAAGGUUUGAUUGAUGAUUCAGAAUUUAAACGAGGAGAAAAAGAAAUAACUUGUUUAGAUCUUCAAGGAUUUUGGGAUAUGGUCUACAAUGAGGUAGAGAAAGUUACAAGGAGUUUUCAGAAUCUUGUAAAAAGUAAAGAAAAUAAUUGGAAUUUUAUUCAAGACCAAGAUCAUAAAGUUGAAAAUAAGAAGAAAACUUUGCCGGCAAUUUCAAAAACUAUAAUAUCAACCAAGAAUCAUGCUUCUGCUGCACGCCAAAGACUGGCAGAGGCGAAACAGAGAAUGAAGGAACAAAUGGCCUCGAAAAAAAAUAAGAAUUUGGAUGAUUUGAAUACAGAGGCUGAAAGUAAACAGCCAAUGUCCAAUGUCACUAAUAUUCAAAAUUCUCUGCAUGCUAAAGAACAAGAACAAGCAAAAUCAAGUCCCACAAAGAAAGUUAGGUCUCAUAAUAAAGUUACUGAAAUAGAAGGAAAAGAAAAUCCCUCAUCUAUUCUUUUGCCAGAAGGGGAAGCUUCAUCUACACCCUCUAGUCGUAAAAGAAGAGAAGCAAAUAAGGAUUCUAUACCGCUUCAGUGUCUUACAAGAUCAGCCAAGAAAGCAAUGAUGGCCCAACAGAAUGCAUUGCAGGAAUGAUAUCUCUAUUUUUUCUGUUAUUACUUCAGUGUCUUACAAGGUCAGAGAAGAAAGCAAUGGUAGCCAAAAUGCAUUUAAGAACUUAUAUUUCUCCUUUUUUUUAUAUUUAAAUUCAGUGUCUUACAAGAUCAGCUAAGAAAGCACUGAUGGCCAAACAAAAUGAUUUAAAAAAUGUUUCUCUUUUUUUGCCACUUCAGAUCAAGAUCAGCUAAGAAAGCAAUGAUUGCCAAACAAAAAUCAUUGUGUGACUGAUAUUUCUUCCUUUAGUGUGAAAUUAUAUACGAUGUGAAUUAUUAUACCUUUUCUAUGUUUUAGAAGCCCAAUGAAGGCCCCAAAAAAUAUAUAUAUAAAAUUUUAAAUUAUGUAUCAGAAAUUUUGUGGAAAGAAUAUUCUAUUUUUUAGAGUUUUUUAAAAUCGGCAUCUAAGCCAAACAUGCUCGUUACAUAUUUUAUAUUACAAAAAACUUAUACUGUAAUACUACUUAAAAAAUAUCUAUAUUUUUUUUUUAUUCUUGUCCU